UGUGUGAAAAUGAAGCCCAACAUGUGAGCUCCUGAUUAUGAACAGAGAGUGCUAUGCAAUUGGGACAAGCAGUCAGGACACCACACCGGUUGGCUAGAGUCUUUCCCAGCAUCCAAAUGUGGGGAUCCUGAACUGACUGGAAGUACAAUUUUAUUCAGAGAUUUGCAGUGCCUGGUUAGCAUCACAAUGAGAGGGCUGGUGAACAUGAACAAUAAACUGCUUUUCAACAUGAAUUUACCUUGGCUUAUCAAGUUGUCUACAGACAUUAUAUUCAGAGGGGAUUCCACUAGGUUUCUUUGCCUUAAGAUUGAUAGCUCCAGUGAUGAAUUGGACAAGGAGAACAACAUUUUAGUGAAAAAUCUGGCUGGUAUGGGCGUGGAUGUCAAAAUGGUAAGAAAACGACAGCCUGGUGUUCUCAAGAGGCAGAUCACCAAUGAAGAGGGCCUGAAGAUUUUUUUGCAAGGAAAAGGGGCUAACAGAGAAGCCAUUGCCAGUAUAAUCUCACGUUAUCCACGUGCCAUCACUCGCUCACACCAGUCUCUGAAAGAACGCUGGGAAAUUUGGCGAAGCAUUUUGAUGACCGACAUGGAAAUUGUAACAAUCCUGAAACGUUCCCCUGAAUCCUUUUUUCGUUCUGGGAAUAAUGAAAACAUGCAGAAGAACAUUACCUUAUUUUGUUCUAUUGGGCUGACUUCUAAGGAUCUUGGCAACAUGCUGACCAGAGUUCCAAGGGUGUUUUCUAACAGUAUAGAGCUCAAUAAACAAAUGAUAAGCCUCUUGAAUGACAUCUAUUUAGAUCUAGGUGGAGAAAAGCCAGAUGACUUUGUAAAACAGAUAAUUUCUAAAAAUGUCUUUAUCCUCUUACGGAGCAGCAAGCAAGUGAAAGCAAACGUUCAGUUUCUGCAGUCAUCUUUACGUCUGAGCAAUAAGGAAUUUCUAACGCUGUUGCAUGGGCAAGGAGGUGAUGUUCUGGAUCUCUCUAAUGAAUACCUAAAAAAGACACUUGCAAAUGUGAAAGAGAAACUGAUGUCUCAUGGGUGCACUGAAAUAGAGGCAGAUAUGUUUGUCCUUAAGCACCUUCGCAUUCUAUACCUUUCUCCACAGAACCUGAAUGAUAAAAUAGAUUGUCUCUUGCAGGCAAAUAUUAACAUUAAUCUAAUACUGAAAAGUCCUCUAGUUCUGGACAAAAGCAUCAAAACUAUAAGUAACCGUAUUGAUGAGCUGGGAAAGCUAGGCUAUAACUUUCAAAUCCAUGGGAUUGGAAUUCUUGCGUUAAGUAAACAACGAUUUGAAGCAAAAUUGGAAAAGUUACAGGCAGCAACAAUUUUGCACGGCUCUAAUUGAUGCGUGAACACCAAUGCAUGGGUCUUUUGGGACCCAGAAGAGGGCAAACGGGGGUGUGGGGGGUUAAUGGAGGCAAAUGGACUUAUGCAUGCUCCACCAACCCAUGUAGGGGCCAGAAAUUGCACCCAGGUGCAAAAUGGUUGCUGCCUGUACAAUGUACGUAAUAAAUAUUUUUUUAAUUGCCUUAUGUGACCAAAGAAACAGAAAGCAAAACGGAAGAAAUAAAUAAAUGGUAUUGAGGUUAAAAAUAAUUUAGCCUUGCAGCAC